CAUCACUACCGCAUUGACGUUCUAGUCGAGCAACUUCUCGAGCCAUGAGGGAGAUUCCAACCGAUAAAAUAGCUCUCUACGUAGGUACUGUUGUUGUAGCGGCUACUUUGACACCAUUUUUAAGCAAAUUUCCGAGAAGCCGCGGCAAAAAGGUCGUCUACCACAUUGCUUUCAUCGCUGUAUCCGCCUGUAUGGUCCUAUUCAUCCCGGACUGGGUGCAACACGAACUCUUUUCCCCGGGUGGCGUGCUCUUGAUCGGUAUCGUGAUUCCCGUGUAUGAAAGUGUAGUGGCGGCAUGUUCGUUAGAAAGCAAAAAUACUACAUCUUGGUUGCAAUUUUGGAUUGCAUCAGGGUCCUUUUCGUUUGCAACCGAGUUCAUGGACGAUAUCACCACACAUUUACCCAACGCAGGUGAACACUGGUACGAAUUUGAGUUUUUUCUGACCGGAUGGCUCAUGCUACCUUUUACAGAUGGAUCAGGGCUGCUUUACGAAAAGAUUACAUUACCUUACUUGGCUCCUCCAAUCACUAAACUCAAAACCAAGCUCGAAGGUUGGGUGCAGAUAUUUUUUGUCACCGUCAACACGUACUACAUGUGGAUUAUGUGGUACGCUUUUCUUCGACUCUCGGAGGAGCAACGUCGCUUUUUGGUUGUUGGACUCGGUACCGUCUACCCCUUGGCAGCCAGUACUGUCGCGUUGACUACAGCCAGUGGUCUCCAUAAGGACAAAGAGUUCUGGCUUACUUAUUGGGUAUGCUAUAGUUUACUCUUCGUUAUGAUGGACUACGCGGAGAAUUUCAUCGGCCGCAUUACAGGCUUUUACUCCGUUUGCGCAGCAGCUACUUUGUAUCUCUUCUUACCCAUGUUUCGCGGCGCUGACGUUGCUUUUCGCAAAGUGCUAGUACCACUUUCCGGGCAACACGAAAACAUGCUACUUCACGAUGCCUUGCAGGUCAAACUUGGUAUCGAGGCGGCGAUUCCCCAAGUACAGCGUGAAAAAGUUAUGAAUCGCGCGGCCAGUUUAUUUACUGUCAACACACCCAAAGAGUCGUAAAAAGACGGUGGGUACCAUACAUUCGACACUUUCCUUAGAUCAAGGUAUUCAUUACAAAUAGUUAAUUUUCGUACUAUUAACAUUCGAACCGCUCGUCGUCCUCGUCACCAUACGAUGAUGAAGGAUGCGUGCCGCUC